CGGGAGUUGGUUGUGUCGGGUUUCUUCGGAGGGGAAACGCUAUUAAAAUAUCCACAAACAUUAUCUUUAAUUGGACAGAAAUUUGUGCUUGUGUGCGCCGGUUUUUUUCAUUGUGACGAUUUUUUAACUUUGAUAACAGCGUACGGAUUGUGCUUAGGAAUGAGUGACUGUGCAAUUAUUAAUAAAAAAUGACAUCUAUAACGUGAAAAUAUUCGCAGCGUGUUUUUGAUUAACAAAUUCCCACAUAUGGAUAGAAAUCAAUCAAAUUUUUAGUAUAAAUCCCAUUUUCUAAUUCGUUCGAAGACUUUACAGUGUUGUGUGACAAUUUGUGUAUUGUGAAGUGAUGCUGUGAUUGAAAAAUUGAUUAUUCCUAACAACCGCUCACAAAGCGGUCAAAAUCACAACCGAGCAUCCGAAAUCCCUCAAAAUUACUCGAAUUCAAUCCCCAAACACAAAACCGGCCACGCUGAGUUUCUCAGAUCCCUUCGGGCCUCCCCAGUCCGCGGACGGGGGGGGCCCAUCAACCCCCCAACCAGCCAUGACCACCCAAGAGGCGUUGGAGCACCAGCACCACCAUUUGGGGGGCACGCAAACCCCCCACGACAUCUCGAACUCCGCCAAUUCCACUCCCACGAAUGUCUCAUCUAAGUCCGCGUUCAUCGAGCUCCAACAGCACGGGUAUGGGUUCAAGGGGGGCUACCAGCAUCCCCACCAUUUCGGGAGUCCGGGGGGACAACAGAACCCUCAUGAAGCGUCGGGAUUCCCCAGUCCUAGAUCGUUAGGUUACCCCUUCCCUCCCAUGCACCAGAAUACCUAUGGUUAUCAUUUAGGUUCCUAUGCCCCCCAAUGCGCGAGUCCUCCUAAAGAUGAAAAAUGUGGCCUCUCCGAUGAUCCCGGUUUACGGGUAAAUGGAAAGGGCAAGAAGAUGAGGAAACCGCGCACCAUCUACUCCAGUCUUCAGCUUCAGCAGCUAAAUAGGCGGUUUCAAAGAACGCAGUACCUAGCGCUACCAGAGAGAGCAGAGCUCGCGGCUAGCUUAGGAUUAACGCAGACACAGGUGAAGAUCUGGUUCCAAAACCGAAGAAGCAAAUACAAGAAGAUGAUGAAAGCCGCCCAAGUGGGGGCACCGCCGCCCAACCUUGGCCUCCCUCCCGGCAGCCCGCCUAACAACAACCAGUUGUUACAUGGUCAGUAUUUGGAAAAGAAAUUCCAAGGUGGUGGAGGCAGCUCUAGUGGCUCCCAGCACUCUCCUUCAGCGUACCAAAGUGGACCAACACAGGCCCACAGUCCCACGCCCAGUUCUACACCGGUUUCAGAGUUGUCCCCCGGUUUGUCUCCAACGGGGACUCCUUGGGACGUUAAACAGCCCCCACAGCAGUCUUGGGACGUAAAGGUUGGAUAUCCUAAUUCGGGGCGGUCGCCGGACGGUAGCUGUGAUGUCAAACCCCACCAACAAUCGUGGGAUCCCAGGGUCGGUUAUGGUGCGCCUGGAGGUCCAUGGGACAUGAAGGGUGCGCACGCACAUGCUUUGCAUCAUCAGGCGGCGCCGCAGCCGCAUCCACCCUACGUGCCGCAGUACUCCUGGUACCAACCUGAAGCCAACCCAGGAUUACUGACUGAAAAUGGCCUAGCCUUAUUUCAUCGGAUGGGGUUGAGGAGCCAAUUCCUAGGACCAAAUGAACAAAGCUAUGACAGCUGAAGCAGUGUUUAGGCCUAUUUAUUGAGCUGAGAUACAGAUCAUAACCAACAGUCCAAAUUAAUAUAAAGUAUCCGUCGAUUGGUUAUUGGUACUCUUUAAUAAAUAUUUGGAUUAAGAUGUCUAUCUCAGAUGAAAAAUAGAUUGAGAUAGGUUAUUGGGUUUGGGCGAUAGACACAAUACGACAGAUAUAAUUUCGAAGAGACAAAUAUUUAUAAAUAUAUAGAAUAUUUGGACUGUUAGGCCGUUCUGUUGCUCAGUUUCUUGUUAUUAAGUGGCUUCGUUUCCGAUUUGUCCAUGGCGUGACAUUAUUCCACAGAACAUAGUAUUCACUGUUGCCAUGACAACGGCGAUUGUUAAACUGUCACAUCAAAUACAUAAUUAUCAAUUUCAAUAACUUUUUACAAUUGUAUUAGUUAAAAUCGACAAACCCUCGUUUGUCUUAGCGACUAUCGAACGGAUUUUUACAGGGUUUAAUUCUGUAAAUAUAGCUGAAUUUUUUUUAUACUUAGUUAUUGAAAAUGGUUAAUUAAAAUCUAAUUUAGUUUAAACUGUUACAAUGGCACACAUUCAAUUAUAACUUUUGUGGUAUAGCAAUAAAUAAUUGGGGAUUCGUAUAAUAAUCAAAUUAUUAAUUCAAAAAAUUAUUUGUCAACAGGGUCUGGCCUGCGGUCUAACAUCGUUGGGUAAAAGAAAAUUGAGAAAAGUGGAAAACAAGCUUAUUGCCACAGAAUAUAUGCCAUUGUAAUCGUUUUAUACAGGCAAUGUUUAAAUGUAUAGUUUAUAUUAUUUUAUUAGGCGUGCAAUAAUGUACAUAUUAAUAUAAAUUCCCAUUUUAUUUGCAUCUUGCUAAUUACCUUGUAAUGGACAAUUCUUCAUAAUGGGCCUACUGCGUAAUCGAUAAAAAAAAUUAAUAUGACAAAUGAAGGUAUUCGAAUGAAACCCUGAUAAA